AACAUAACCUAUAUCUUUUGUUUUUGACAUUUUUAUUGGAUGUCGUAAUGACACUGGUUAUUCCAAUAUUUUAUUUAUUAUUUAAAAAUGGCUAAAUAUAUAGCACAAAUAAUAGUGCUAGGUGCUCAAGUUGUAGGUCGGGCUUUUGCUAGAGCAUUAAAACAAGAGUUGGCUGCGUCACAAGAAGCCGCUAAGCGAGCUGGAGGAGGACCUCAAGGUGCUCGAAGAGCAGCAGCUAAUGCAUCAACAGGCCUGACUUUGGAAGAAGCAAUGCAAAUAUUAAAUGUAGAUAAAUUAGAUUCUGAGAAAAUUAAGAAAAAUUAUGAACAUUUAUUUACAGUGAAUGAUAAAGGAAAAGGUGGUUCUUUUUAUUUACAAUCCAAAAUUGUUAGAGCGAAAGAGCGGAUAGAUGCCGAAUUUAAACAGAAACAAGCAAAUACAGAUCAGCAGCAACCAAAGGACACGUCAUGAGGGAAAUAUUUUUGUUAUAGUUUUAAUUUGAAAUGUUGGUAGCUUGAAAGUUGUAGGUAGCCAAGUACAUGUUUUAGAUAAACAAACCAUAUUUUGUAAAAUACUUUAUUGGGUAGAAAAUGCAUACCACAAUAGUGACUAGAAUACAUCAGUCUUCAUAAAUAAUGUUGAUUAUGAUCAUUAUAAAAAAAAUAUUUCUAAAAGAUUUCAUUAAUCAUUCCUAAUGCAAAAAGCAUCAUCCUAUCAAAGAUAUCAAUAAAAAUUUGCUAAGCAGAAAAAA